GUAGAGAGAGAGUGUGUGUAAUAUCAUUGUUCUGCAGGAUCUAAGCAAAAAGCCCUCUCUAUUUUCACUGUCUUCAAUGCAGUGACUCUAUUUCUCUCUCUCUCUUUACCCACAACUCUUUGUUAGCUUCAAAACCUUCUCUUCUCUCUUCCAUUCUCUCUCUCUAUAAGCUGCAUCUAAAUCCUGUGCCUAGUUCUAGUGCAAAACCAUGGCUGUUGUUGUUCUUGCUGUGAUUUUGUUGGCUAUGGUUGGUCACUCAAGUGGGACAUGGUGUGUAUGCAGAGAAGGACUAAGCGAAGCAAUGCUGCAGAAGACACUAGACUACGCAUGUGGCGCAGGAGCUGACUGUGGACCUAUUCACCAGAACGGACCUUGCUUCAACCCAAACACCGUCAAGUCUCACUGCUCCUACGCCGUCAACAGCUUCUUUCAGAAGAAAGGUCAGUCUCAGGGAACUUGUGAUUUUGCCGGCACAGCCACAGUCUCAGCCUCUGAUCCCAGCUACACUUCUUGUGCUUUUCCUGCAAGUGCCAGUGGAAGUGGGACAAUGACACCAGUGACGACAACACCAUCGACAAGAGUCCCUACGACAACUAAUACAAGACCCUACACAGUCACACCCCCAACAGGAGGAGGUUUGGGGAUUCCAGCCGGUGGUUUCAAUCCAGACUACACAGAUCCAUCCUAUUCCUUUGGACUCAAACUCCAAAACCCAACUUUAUUUUUUAUCUGGAUUCUUCAUGCUCUUCUACUUGUUGAUCUAGUAGUGAACGACAACUAAGUUGGACUGUUGCGGAUCAUGUGAAUGUGCCAAUGUGGGUCUCUCUCUCUCACUAAUGGAAUCUUUUGUGAGAUAGACUUGUUUUGUUCAAUCCUUGUCUGUUAUUUUC